UGCACUACGCAGAAAUUUUAGGAGGUGAAUGAGAUUUUGAGAGGCCUUUUGUUUUCCUAAAUUCAAUAUUCAAUGGCGGGAGCAAGAUUGGCGGCUAGGCCGGCCACACACGCCCCAGCACACCAGCUCCCUCGCGCCGCCGCCUUCGCUGCCGCAGGUCGCCGCGGUGGCGAUUCCCCUUUCUUCCCGCGAGCACGAGGUAGUGUUUUAACAGUAGCUUGUGCAAUCAAAAGCAAUGGCAGCAACAGCAAGGUUACAAGGGUGCUAUUCUGUGGCCCCUAUUUCCCUGCAUCCACAAGGUACACGACCGAGUAUUUGCAGGACUAUCCAUUUAUUGAGGUUGACGAAGUGGGCCUUGAGCAGGUACCUGAUGUUAUCCACAACUAUCAUAUAUGUGUUGUGAAGAAUCGACGCAUAGAUUCAGAUGUCAUUGCCAAGGCGACCCAGAUGAAGAUUAUUAUGCAGUAUGGCGUUGGGUUAGAAGGUGUGGAUGUGAAUACUGCUACAGAACACAAAAUAAAAGUUGCAAGAAUACCGGGGAGUAUGACAGGAAAUGCAGUCUCUUGUGCAGAGAUGGCAAUCUAUCUUACCCUUGGUGUUCUGCGGAAGCAAAAGUUGAUGGAUGCUGCUGUGCAUCAGAAGGACCUGGGAAGUCCAACAGGAGAAACAAUAUUAGGCAAAACAGUCCUUAUCCUAGGAUUUGGGGCCAUUGGUAUGGAAAUUGCCAAGAGGCUAAAACCAUUUGGUGUAAAAAUUCUUGCUACUAAAAGAAAUUGGUCACUAGGAUCAUUGCCAUGUGAUGUUGAUGGGCUUGUAGAUAAAAAAGGUGGACCAGAAGAUAUGUAUGAACUUGCUGGAGAAGCUGACAUAGUCAUAACAUGCUUGCUACAAACCAAUGAAACAGUUGGAAUUGUUGAUGAUAUGUUCCUCUCAGCGAUGAAAAAGGGUUCGUGUCUGGUCAAUAUUGCUAGAGGAGGUCUUUUGGACUACAAGGCUGUGUUCGAUCACCUUGAGUCAGGUCAUUUAGGUGGUUUGGGUAUUGAUGUUGCCUGGACAGAGCCAUUUGAUCCAGAGGACCCCAUUCUGAAAUUCUCAAAUGUUAUUAUAACACCACAUGUUGCUGGAGUCACUGAAUAUUCGUACAGAACUAUGGCAAAGGUUGUUGGUGAUGUCGCUCUCCAGCUUCAUUCAGGGGAGAUAUUCACCGGAAUAGAGUUUGUGAAUUAGAUCAGAUGGUGGCAUGCAUUAUUGUUUAUUUCCUGUUGAAUUCAGACAGGUAACAAUAACUGUUUGUGGGAUGAGCAUUUUGCCAUGUCCAAAGGAAUAGUGAAUCGGCAAUGGCUGUAGGAAUUGUUGCUCUCCCCAGAUUGAAUUUGUAUCAAGCAAGAUUACUGCAUAUUGCAGCAGGCCUAUCUAUAUGACAUAAUCUGCACAGAACA